AUGGAGAUACACUCAAAUAAAAUUGUGCCUCCCACCAUCGAAUCAUCAAAUGGUAGCCCGAUCAUCAAUUCUACUUUCAUUGCCAAUACCCAGCAACAAGAUAAUGUCUCCCUGGAACUGAACGAUAUGCCAAUCAAUUACAACUCGGGACGUAUACACGCAAUUAGAGAUUCCUGUACAGAAUUAUCAGUCGAGAAUUCGAACACCGCCAAUUGUAUCGACGUAAUAUCAGUAACGAUAACUAAACAGCAACCAGGCAUGGUAUCACCAUUCUUCAAAAGGAUUCCUCUGGAGGUACGCAAUGAGAUAUACAAACUUCUAUUGGUAAAUUCAAUCCUUGGGACAAGCGAAUCUGUAGGCUAUCACCAAUUUGGGAGAAGCUCGACGGUCACGCCGCCUCAAUAUGAUUUGGAACCACAAAUCCUUCGCGUUUCCCACGCCAUGUAUCAAGAGGCAUCUGUGAUUUUUUUCAUGGAAAUGACGCCUAUAACUAGACAUUACAAGAAGAUUGCGCCAAACUACUUUCAUUUAUAUCAACAUCCUGCAAUAACAAAGGUUAGACACGGGAAAGUUGUUGUUAGUUCCUUGAAGGAGAAACUUGUCGACGGCGCACUGGCACCAAUUGGGCUAGAGAAACCGUACCGAUUCAAUUAUGGCUCUCGAACAAGUAAGGAGAUAUGUUCUUACAUAAACAAUGAGGUUCUGUUGGCACCCUUACGCAUGCUUCGAGGCGUUCAACGUGUGGAGUUUCGAUACGCGAUUUACGACGAGCUACCACCAGUGUAUCCUUACAACGAACAUUGGCAGCAGCAGCACACGUCUAUUCUCCCGGGUCUUGAUUUAGAAACUGAUCUAAAAACACUUAUGAUGAGCAAUUCGCCCGCAGAGCGUCUGGGCGACAUGUAUGAACGGCUGAUCAACUACGCCGAGGCUUUCGAAUUUAUUCAGAAGCUCAAAGUUGAUAUGAGAUAUGGAGAGUAUAGCUUGAUUUAUGAGGCAUUGGAAAGCCAAAGGCAAGGUCCUUAUGGCGUAUUUGAGAUUCCGAUAAGUCAACAUAUAGGAAAUUUACGCGUUUUGUAUGGACCCGAGCGCCACCCUGUUGAGGAAGCUCUGCAUUGUGCAAAAAAGGCUUGGAUUAAGAAAUAUGAUGGAGUUGCUUUCAAGAUAGAACGAGCCAAGGUUGUGAAGUAUUUAGAAAGACAAUACCAGCGUGCAGCUUUCGCAGCUAUGGAUGUAGCUGAAUUUGUCAAGUCACAGAAGAGGGAAUAUUAUUUUCUAAACGCCUUUCCCCUCCACAACUGGAGAGAAUACGGAAACGGACUAGACCGUAAUUCGGCUACAGGUGUUGUCCUCCUAGAAUCCUACGAAAAAGCGCUUCAAAGGGAUAUAUCUUUCACCGAAAGAGUCAAGCAACGCUGUUGUGCAUACGAAAACGCCCCCUUCUACAGCGCACUCCCAAGGAAUAUCUUGAUCAAACAAACCAAUGAUGCGUUCGACGCACGAAAUUACCAACAAUGUGCAGAUACGUUUAAGAAAGCAGUGGACGAUAUGGAUACUCAAUAUCUUCAAAUACGCAAAGCCCGCAAGGCUCUCUUUGAAGCUGACAUCACUCCUGAUGCCAGCUGCAAUAUCGAUCUGGAGCUUUGGCGUGUCGAUGAAAUGAUUGAUUGGAGUGUCAACGAACCGGAAAUGUAUCCUGCGAGUAAACCCAUGGAGUGA